AUGUCCAUGAAUGGCACCGACUCAGCUCCGUCCCUGGCCCAGGAGAUCCUCAGCCACCUAGGCCUGGCCACCAAGACUGCUGCAUGGGGAACACUGGGCACUCUCAGGACCUUCCUGAGCUUCAGCGUGGACAAGGACGUGCAGAGGCUCCUGACAGCCAUCGCGGGUGAAGGUGUGGACCGCAGCGCCAUCGUGGACGUACUGACCAACAGGAGCAGAGAGCAAAGGCUGCUCAUCUCUCGAACCUUCCAGGAGCGCACUCAGCAGGACCUGCUGAAGGCCCUGCGGGCGGCGCUGUCAGGACCCCUGGAGGGGCUGGUGGUGGCCCUGCUGCAGCCAGAGGCCCAGCUGGACGCCCAGGAACUGAGGACCGCCUUGAAGGUCUCAGGCUCCGCUGAGGACGUGGCUGUGGAAAUUCUUGCCACCCGAAGCCCACCACAACUGCAGGAGUGCCUGGCAGUCUAUAGACACAAUUUCCAGGCUGAGGCUGAGGAAGACAUCAAAUCUGAGACCAGUGGCGUCCUGCAAGACCUGCUUCUCGCACUGGCCAAGUGCGGCAGGGACAGCUGCUCCGGCAUCAUUGACUAUAACCUGACAGAGCAGGACAUCCAGGCACUGAAGCAGGCAGAGGGAGGCGACACGAAGGCCAUGUGGGUCCAUAUGUUCACCCAGAGGAGCACAGAGCACCUUGUCCGAGUGUUUGACCAGUACCAGCAACACACGGGCCACACGGUGGAGACAACCAUCCAGAACUCCUUCCAGGGGGCUGCCCAAGCCGCUCUGCUGGGGCUCGCCUCGGUCAUCAGGAACAUGCCUCUCUACUUUGCUGACAAACUUCACCAGGCUCUGCAGGAACUGGAGCCCAAGUUCCCUGUGCUGAUGCGGAUCCUGGUGUCCAGAAGUGAGAUUGACCUUCUGAGCAUCAGGGCUGAAUUUAGGAGGAAAUUUGGCAAGUCGCUGUACUCUUCCAUCCAGGAUGCCGUGACGGGAGACUGCCAGUUAGCGCUGCUCGGUCUCUGCAGGGCAGAAGACAUGUGA